AUUCAGGUGACGCUUCCUACUACAAGUCCCGCGAGGCAGUGCGGCCCCAUGUCUCGGAAGUAGUAGCACGUUUCUGCGCGAUGGCUGGGAUAGCGGCGCUGCGGGCUGCAGGUGGACUGUUCCGUGCCAGUGCCGGGGCUGGCGGGGUGCAGCUGCGGGGUUACGCCAAGAAACCGGUUGUUAAAGGGAAGGGGAAGGGAAUUGUCAAAGAAGCCCAGAAAAGACCUGACGUGUGCACAGAUCCAGCGAUCCUGACCACACAUGCUAUUGGUGUAAAUAUAUACAAGGCUGGAUCAGAUGUUAAAUUGAAGGAUGAUUCUGAAUAUCCUGAAUGGCUCUUCCAGCUAGACCUGGGACCUCCUAAAACUUUAGAAGAAAGAAGUCCAGACACUCCUCAGUACUGGAGUCUACUUCGAAAAUUGCACAUGUGGAGAAAUAAUCGCUUAGCCAAGGCCAAGAAACGUUAAUCAGCAGAUGAGACUGCAUUCAUUGUUCUUCACACAGUGUCAUGUUGCUCAGUAGCAUUCAUAUGAGCAAACCUUUAACUACAAAUAAAUUAUUUCUAUUUCUUUCUACA